AUGAGUUUACCGAAAGUUCACAUUCUGGGAGCAGGUUCAAUCGGAUCUCUGCUGGCGUACAACCUGGCCAAGGCUCAAGUCGUCGCCCCCGUGUUGAUGCUGAGAGAUGCAGCUCGACAGAUGGACUUCAAGAAGCGAGGCUCGUCAGUCUACUUUUGCGGCAAUGACACGCCUCUGUCGCAGUUUGGUAUUCGCCACAAUUACAACACCGAGCCAUUGCUGACUGGGGAAGGCAUUAAAAUCGAGACCAUGACUCCAGACCAGAUCAAGGAGCCACUGAGUCAUAUUAUCGUCACAACAAAGGCCCAGAGCACACUCAGCGCAUUAUUCAACUACAGGGACGCUAUCGACUGCAACACUGCUAUGUUGUUUCUGCAAAACGGAAUGGGACUGAAGGAACAAAUGGACGCCAAGGUAUGGCUGAAUGAGGACGAUAAACCUCACAUAUUCUUUGGAGUCACUACACACGGAGCGCACAGAUUGCCGUCGCCAUUCUACGAGUACAGACACGCCGGCCAGGGUCAGAUUGACAUGGCUGUGGCUCCUGGAACCUUGUUGGAGGAGAAUCCCUUCGAGGAGAUUCUGCAGUCCUCACCUACUCUGGGAUGCCAGGAUACUAUGCCAUAUCCCGAAUUGCUGCUGAAACAGAGCCAGAAGUUGGUUGUUAAUGCGUGUGUUAACCCUCUCACUGCCCUCAUGGACUGCAACAAUGGCCAGUUGCUGGAUAGCUACGCGACUAGCACCAUCAUCAAUACAGUGGUGUUUGAGUCCAGCAUCAUUCUCCGAGAAUAUUUGCUUGAUACCAUUGGACAUCAGAUUAACCCUGCUUUGAUUUCUUCUGCGCUCAAGCCCCAGAGACUGAAUGAGCUCAUCAACAAGGUGUUACAGCUGACUCACGAUAACUCAUCCUCGAUGAGAGAAGAUGUGCGGAACAAUCGAGUCACAGAGAUCAGAUACAUCAACAAGUUUCUUAUGGAUAUGGGUAACAAGUACAAGAAACCCAUCACCGCCAACCUCAUGCUAUACAACCUGGUGAACGCACAGCAGGACUUCAACAAGUUUUAA